AUGCCUAAUCAAGCUGGACAAGGUGAUGACAAAUUACAUAUGUCCGGGAAAUCGGCGGACGAGCAUGGGAAUCCUUCCACUGUCAGCAAUUAUGACUUUAUUCCCUCUCGGACAAAGACCUUACUACCUACUCACUUUCAAAUUCCACUAUCGAAAAUGGGUGAUCACAUUUCAUUGGAUGACUAUCAACUUCUAACUACUUCCCGACCUUCGGAAAACGAAUCCGCACCAGCCCCGAAGCGGCGGAAACUCCGCAAAGGGACCCAGUCAUGCUGGGAGUGCAAGCGGCGGAAAGCAAAGUGCAUCUAUUCUGAUCAUCUUGGCAUUUGUGAUUCUUGCAAAAGGCGUGGAACAGACUGCGUUAGCCAGGAAGUGCAAGAAAACCCGCCUCCUAUAGGGAGUAACAAGCAUGUUGUUGAUCGUCUUGGAGAAGUCGAGGCCCUAGUACAGCAUUUGCUCAAAGCUUCACAAACAGAGAGACAGUCGAAUGAUAGCCUUGUAUCACCUGAGAGCUUGGAGUCAAGAAGACAAAGCCAAGAUGAUGAACGUUGCUCCAAUUCACCUACCACCACCCACACCAAUAUCGAUGUUGGCAGCGAAGAAUUACCCACGAAUAUCGUACCAAAUACUACACUGCAGCUAGAAGAGUCACUGUCACUUCAAUCAGAGGGUGAGCAUGGUGAUCUAUAUAAUGAGCUUGUGGCUACCUGGCCCAACCCAAACGAUAUGAAAAUCAUAUUGAGCCUUCCAGUCGAGCCUUCACAAAUCAUUCGCGCCCUCACUUGCGCGCCACCGAAGGACAGAAAUUCUCGUCUCCCGUCUCCUACCAAUCUUCUUCGAUUACCACCACGCGGAUCCCAUCCCGUCCUCGUGGCGCGAAAGAUGCUCGUAUUAGCUACGUAUCUCCAAGGAGUACCGAUAGCAUCAGAAAGAUAUCUUGACAAGCUCAGCAUCAGCUACGAGACCAUAAUGGCCCGAUUAGCCAAAAUCGCGCACGACAAGGUCACUUGCAACGACGAUCUUGUCUCCUCCCUCGAAGGCAUAGAGUGUAUAAUGCUCCAAGGCCUCUACGCGAACUACAAAGGAGAUCUUCGUCGUUCUUGGCUUGCGGCUCGCCGGGCGGUCACGAUCGCUCAAAUGAUGGGUCUCAACAAAGGAGUAGUUCCAUUUUCCUUCCGGGAUGUUGUCGUCGAUGUCAAUGAUUUAUGGUUUCGUCUCAUCAACUUUGACAGAUAUUUAUGUCUGAUGCUUGGUCUUCCCCAAAGUUCACCCGAUGAGCCGUUACCUUAUGUGGAAGAACUGGAAUCAUAUCCAUCCUACCGAAAGUUGCAGAAUCUUUGUUCGAUUGCGUGUGGGAAGCUCUUGAACCGGAAACGAUCAGAGAUAUAUGAUCAGACCAUCACUCAAGAGGUUGACAAAAUUCUUCGAGAUGCCUGCACGUCGAUGCCAGCACAAUGGUGGAUCAUGCCUACUCUCGCGCCGCACCUGGAAUUACCUGACAGGAUCCGGGAAACAUCUCGUUUUAACGAUCAUUUUAUGCAGUAUCAUCUUUUGCUUCAGUUGCACAUGCCUUACUUACUCAAAGACGGUAGUAAAGAGAACUGCGGUUAUCACAAGCUCACUGCAAUAACAGCAAGUCGAGAGAUCUUGACACGAUUCAUCUCGGUCCGAUCGAUGCCUCAAACAAAAACGCAUUGCCGUGGAACUGACCUCAUCGCUUUCAAGGCAUCUACGGCAUUGACACUUGGACAUAUCCUUUGUGACCAUCGCCAUAAAAGAAUCGAAGAUAAUGGAUACCAUUUCAUUGUUCAACAGCGAUUGAGCGAUCGAGGUCUGCUGGAACAGGUGCUUUCUAUAGCAGAAAAGAAUAUGCAAAUCUUUGAUGACGAUAUCUCUAAACGGCUAGCGACACUUCUUCACUAUCUCCUCGCCAUGGAGGAUAAUGUCACAGCUGGUGUGCGAUACAAUGUAUCAUUCACGGAAGAUGCCAUAAAAGAUGGGAACUUAGGCCAUCAUGUCAAAGCCAAUAACGAUGGCACCGAGCUAGAGAUUCACCUCCCUCACUACCCAGUGAUAAAGAUCUUACGUCGUGAUCCAGAAGGGAAGGAACCUUUGCCGGCUGUGAUGGAGCUACCUUGGGGCAAUGUACUGGCUGAUAACAGAGUAGGCAGAAGAGCGAAUGUUGGGAUGGCAGGUUCCUAUCCGGGCGUUGAUAUUGCUGAACCAUUGUCGUCAACGGGAGUUGAGAGUUCCAGAGACGAUCUGACGUUAGAUGCAGAACUUCCGCAGAUUAUACCAGGAGGUUCAGUUCCAGAUACAUGGACGUUGGAAGGGAUUGAUAUGAGCUUUAUGGAUACUUUCACGGAUGGGCCAGCUGUUGUAUAA